UCGAUCCCUGAGUUACUCAGCCUCAUCUAGUUGCGGGACUUGGAGCAAUACUUUUCAUUUGAUUGGUGAGGGGCAAUACUUUCAUGGAUUAAGGCCAGUGUUGCACACUUCACUCAGACAGAGAGAGACACUGCCUGUCAUUCCACAAACUGCAGAAGGCACUCCGCACAGGAUAAGGAAGUUUAAGAAGCAGGAAGUCCUGAAAGUCCCGAAACUACACAACAGAAAAUAAAAGGCUGUGCGCAGACUGAGAAGAAAACGAAGGCGUGUCCUGUGUGCGAGUGAACCCAGAAAUGGAAGUUAACUACUUGUUUCUGAAGUCCAAACGAAGUGGGCUGAAGAUUGCAGAAAUGGUUGCAGCUUUUGUGGUUAUUGUUUCCUUCGCUGCUUCGUCCUCGGGAGUUUUUAUAGCAGUUCCCCUCAUGGAGAUUCUCAUCACGCUCGCCUUCUAUCUCUUGUUUCUGCUUAAAUUGGACUCUAAAAUGACUUUGUUGUUCUGGCCACUGAUGGAUGGUGUAAAUUCUGUGUUUGCGGCUGUGCUGUUGCUGAUAGUCUGUAUUGCGGCUGUAGUGAGCAGGGUCACUGCUGGCAUCAUCACUGGUUCAGUCUUCGGUUUCAUAGCUGUUGCCUUGUAUAUUGCGGAUUCUUAUAUAAUGUGCAGCCUCAUCACAGUCAACCAACAGAAGACUUCCAGCAGGUGACCCCAUGGAGAGCCGUCUCUGUGAGCAAGCUCAGCUGCUGAUUUUAGUCAGUCUGUUCCCAAUCCCUGUGUGAUUCACAGCUUUAGCUCUGCCCCUGUACAAUCCAAGAAUGAUGUGUUCCCGUUUACUCUGGCCAUUCGUGCUGCAUGGACAAGAAACUUGAAGGAUUCAGGACAGUGGAAGAUCACAUGGCUGAUUUACCAAAGAGUGGAUUUUAUUGCUAUCAGGGCCUGCCUUAAUCCUGUGAACAGAGCUGCUGGAUCAGGUGUAACAUUCCAGAUCAGUAGAAUUUCCUCUUGCUCAGUGACAUCUAUACAUAGAAUCACAGAGAAUUGACAAUGCAGGAACAUGCUAUUCAGCCCAACUGCUCCAUGUUGAUGUUCCAGACUAGCUUCCUUGUCCUUCACAUAACCCUCCUCAGUAUUCCUUCUCCUUCAUUUACUCAUCUAGCUUCCUCUGUGUCUCAUCUUAAUCACUCUCUAUGACAGUGAGAUGCAGAUUCUCACUGUUUCCUGGGACGAGAGAUUUCUCCUGAAUCUCCUAUUUUCUGUCUGUCUCUCUCUCUCUCCCACACACACACACACACAUACAACCUGCCCAAGGGGAAACAUUUUCUCUGGAUCUACUCAGUUGGAAUUGGUUGCCUUAUUAAUGGUUUUGUCUGAGAUACCCAUCAGAAAUCAUACUCACAAACAUAAUUAUAUCAGGUUGGCCGAACACAGUGAUUGAAAGGAAUGUUUAACCCCUACAUGCUGGCUGUGUAUCACUCAAUAAAGGAGUUACUUCUUUGUGACCAAAGUACAGCCCCUUGAAGAUUUUGUAUUGUGUUUUUGCAAUGUGCACACUGACUAUCAUUCCAAUCACACCCACUCGAAAGCUCCAUAUGAUUUUAAUUGCUUUUCCUUGUAUGUUGGAAUGGUUUUUUAAUUAAAAACACCCUCUAAAUGAAAA